AUGGCGGUUCAUAUUCACAACCCUAACUUUUUCCACACUCAUCAACUCCGAUCAUCUCUUUCCUCAGCCUCUGCAUCACAUGCACCUGCUUCAUAUCUCUUUUCCAGAUACUCUCCUGCAAAAAUCAUCUGCAAAUCCAGUAACCAAGAUGACUAUCUCAUUGAUGCUCCUGUUUCUGUUGGAGACGGAUUCUCUUUCAGUGGAGGGAAGUAUUCGGAUCAACCAAGUCCAUCAGAUGAAUGGUUAAAGCAAGGAAAAUGGGUUAAAGCUCAUAGAGUUGGUGGAUCAGGUGCAGAAGCCAAAGAUCCGAUUUUUGGAUUAACAAUGGGAGCUAGCUCUCAAGCUUCAAAAGAUAUUUUCAGAUGGUUUUGUGUAGAAUCUGGAAGUCCUGAUAGUCCUCCUGUUAUACUCAUCCAUGGAUUCCCAUCUCAGGCAUACUCUUACCGGAAAGCUCUCCCCGUUCUUUCCAAGAACUACCGCGCCAUUGCUUUUGACUGGUUAGGAUUUGGAUUUUCUGACAAGCCUCAGGCCGGAUAUGGAUUCAACUAUACAUUAGACGAGUUUGUUUCGUCGCUUGAGUCAUUCAUUGAUGAAGUAACUACCAGUGAGGUCUCAGUCUCACUUGUGGUGCAGGGCUACUUCUCAACUGCUGCGGUAAAAUAUGCAAGAAACCGACCGGAGAAGAUCAAGAAUCUCAUACUCUUGAAUCCUCCUCUCACACCUGAACAUGCUAAACUUCCUUCAACAUUGUCUGUGUUCAGCAACUUCUUGCUCGGAGAGAUUUUCUCUCAGGAUCCUCUAAGAGCAAGUGACAAGCCAUUGACAAGCUGUGGUCCUUACAAAAUGAAAGAAGAUGAUGCAAUGGUUUACCGAAGACCGUAUCUCACCUCAGGUUCUUCUGGUUUUGCCCUUAACGCCAUUAGCAGAGCCAUGAAGAAACAGCUGAAGGGCUAUGCAGAAGAGAUGAGGACAUCACUGAUGGAUAAAGACUGGAAGAUUCCGACCACCGUGUGCUGGGGACAGCGAGACAAGUGGCUAAGCUAUGAAGGAGUUGAAGACUUCUGCAAGAGUUCGGGACACAAACUCGUUGAGCUUCCAAUGGCUGGUCAUCAUGUACAAGAGGAUUGUGGAGAGGAGCUUGGAGGAAUAAUCUCAAGAAUCAUACUCAAAUCUGCUCUUCUCUAA